AAUGCUCUCGGCUGAUUCUCCCUUGAGGUGCAGCAGAGUGCAAAGCUUGGUCAGGACGCGAAGUUGGCCAUUGAUGAACCGACGACGUAUGGGCAGUUCGUCCACGAAGCACACUUCAUGCGUCUAUUCCAUCUGCAGCAGCCCCUGAGGGCCGCUGCUGCCGGUCUCCUGCGUACGACCGCCCCGAUCCAGACUUCGACCUCGACCGCCGCACAGCUGCUCCGGGCCGACGCCGCGAAUUCCCUUGUAGCAGGGCGACGAUACGCCUCCGUCAAGUCGCAGGGUGCCUACAAGCUCGCGCCCAAGCGAACGAUACCGAAGAAGCUGGGAGCCAAGCGCACGGGUGAUCAGUUUGUCAUCCCCGGAAACAUCAUCUACAAACAGCGCGGCUCUCUCUGGUGGCCCGGCGAGAACUGCAUCAUGGGCCGCGACCACACGAUCCAUGCUAUGGCCACGGGCUACGUAAAGUACUACCGCGAUCCUGCACGCCAUCCGGAUCGCAAAUACAUUGGCGUUGUCUUCAAUAAGGACGACGUCCUGCCCUACCCGACGCACGCCGAGCGUAAGCGCAAGCUUAAUAUGUCGGCGCACCCGAUUGCCAAGCCCGUGGAGACGCCCGCUAUCUCCGCCUCGGGGAUCCCGACCCAGAUCGUCCGCCCCUCGGCCCGGACGGCCAAAGGCGCACCGACGGAGCCUGCGAGGGUGCUGAAGCUGCGCGACGACUACUCUUACCGCGAGGACAACUGGCGCAUUGGACGGCUCGUAAAGCUCCACGUUGGGGGCAUGAGCCGCAAGGCUAAGCUGAGGCAGAGACGGUAUGCCCAGGAGCGCACGAUGGCCGGUCAGCGGGCGGCGCAGGCCAAGUUCGCGGCGAUGGAGGUAGAUGAGUGGACUAUCGCGGCGUCCAAGAGGCUGCAGGAGCAGAGGAACGCCGCGGCCGCUGCUAAGAACAAGAAGAGCAAGCAGAAGGCGCAGAGGCAGGCCAAAAAAACCAAUAAGGCUAAGCGGUAAGAGGGCUUGCGUGCCGGGGGAUACGAGACUGUCCGAGCAUGAAGAAAAGGGGGAGAUUGGGAUGAUGUGUGUAUCAUGGCCGUCGGGGCACGAAUGCUGCGAGGCUAUCUAGAGUGUAGAACAUCUUGUACAAAUCCAUACUAGCUAUGCAUGAGACAGGUUUCUCGCUAUUCCACCCCGUGACAUGGCAAUAUAACCCGGAUCCGAGUUUCUGCUACUUC